GUCCGCACUGCGGCGAGACGGCAGCGCAGCAUCGGCGGUCGGCUGGCUGGUGCGGGUCGAGGGCCCGACCAUCAGCUGAUUCUGGGGAGCCAGUCAAGCGCCCGCGGGGGUAAAGGGCGGGGCCGCGCCCACGUCCCCGCCGCGGCCGACGUCAGUGCCGCUUGCCGCUUGCCGCUUGCCGCAGGAUCGCCGGGGCGCAGCUCGCGGGCAGCUCUCCGCGGGAGCCACCGAGACCUCUGCGCUGCUCGGCGAACAUGGCCGACUCGGAGAACCAGGGCCCGGCAGAGCCGAGCCAGGCGGCGGCGGCAGCGGCGGCGGAGGAGGAGGUAAUGGCGGAAGGCGGUGCGCAGGGGGGAGAUUCUGACAGCGCGUCCGGCGACUCCGACGGCGCGGUCGGUCAGACGGCUGAGGAGCCCCAGACGCCUGCAGAGAAUGCACCGAAGCCUAGAAAUGACUUUAUCGAGAGCCUGCCUAACUCGGUGAAAUGCCGAGUCCUGGCCCUCAAAAAGCUGCAGAAGCGGUGCGAUAAGAUAGAAGCCAAAUUUGAUAAGGAAUUCCAGGCUCUGGAGAAGAAGUAUAACGACAUCUAUAAGCCCUUACUCGCUAAGAUCCAGGAGCUCACCGGUGAGAUGGAGGGGUGUGCGUGGACCUUAGAGGGUGACGACGAGGAGUUGGAGGAUGAAGAGUACGAGGAGGAGGAGGAGGGAGAGCCUGCGGUGGAGGCGGCGGCUGCUGCCGCCAGAGAUGAGGGUCCCCACUCUGCAGUGUCUGACGACGCCCAGAAAUAAGCGGGGGCAGAGAUUGCAGAGGAGAAUGACGACGCAGAUUCAAAACCCCGAUUUUUUUUUU